UUUGCCCUGGGAUUUACCGGCGGAAGCACUACGGCGCGCUAAAGCCGGGACACAGCUGAAAGACAAGCCGGCAGGGAUUAGAAAGUUAUUGCCCCCGCCCACCCGACACGCUUUCGCCCGAGUGUCUGUUCCUUGUUGGAACAGCUGCGGCGCGGGUUUGCGCGCGCGUCUUGUGUGCUCAACGACGCGGACGAUUUUCGAGGCGUGCUGCAUAUUCCAUUUGCGGAAUAUACUAGCUGCAUCUCGGACGGGGUCAGUGACUUCGGCAGUGACUCUUCCGGGAGCAGACGACAGUUUUGCCCACGUCAUGUCCAGCGCGUCGUCGUCACCACCAGAAGCCAUAAAGCCGGCAGCCGCCAUACACCGAUCUCUCAGACGCCGCUUGCCUGUCCUCAGGUUCGCAGAGGAGUCGUCAUGGCGGCUUGGAGCACCGUCUUCGUCGUUUCUCUCGUGUUUCUUCACCACAGCCGCGCUGCGAGCGAGAGCGAGAUUCUGGCCAACUUCAGGCGCUGUCAGCGGCUGUGCAACCGAGUGUUGAGCAACACCAGCCUGCUGGGCGUCGUGGUGGGCGUCGGCGAGAACCUGCAGAACGCCACUGCCACUGUGGGCACCGGCAUCCGCGGAGGCAUCCAGGGCGUCGCCACGGGCGUGCGCCAGGGAACGGCCGCCGUUGUCGAGAACGUCCGUAAGAACAUACAGGCUGUCAGGAACGGUAUCCGGCCCAACAGGUACCCGGAGGACGACUACAAGGAGAACAGCCCUUUGCCACCCGAGGAACAUCUCUACGUGGUCCCUGCUCCAUGACACCGCCGCGACGUUGCUGGGCGGCUAAGGCCUAAUCGCCUUUUGCACAAAACCAGCUGCACAUCUAACUCAUACUCAUUUCAUACAUCUUAUACCUCGUCAUAUAAUGUUAACCACGACGCUGCGCAGGUCGUCGCACACACGAUCACAUGGUAUCUGCACAUAUAUAGCGCGACCGUGCGCAUAAAACACACACAUGGAAAUAGAGAGCCUCAUUGUUGUGACUGUGCAACUCGCUUCCAUCUAUGGAAAUUUGCUGUCUGCCCAUUGUUCGGUAGUUUGAACAAGAAAACCAAGCUCACGAAUGAGAAGCCGUUUACGGUAUAGGUGCGUUAAUCCGAAUAUGUACAACAGUGGCACGGU